AUGAUUCCUGUUUCUUUCUUCCUACAGAGAGUUGCUGCUGACGUGACGUCAUCACCCAGUGCUGCACCUACCACCGACGCAAGUGUAGUUGGCAAUGUUGUCAAGCAGGACAGAGAAAAGCGCUUCCUGGGUGUGGAGGCAAGAAGCAGCUGGCUGGACGGAGGACCCUCGCUGGGCUUCUCUGCAGGCAACAAUUUGCCACUGGAGAGAAACUUAAUGCUGAAACUCUUAAACGAGAAUAAGUUGAGGCAGAAUUUGGGUCAGGUCUCCUCCAUCCAUGAUGGCACCAGCACCCUGUUGUACGACAAGAGGAAUCUGGCAUCGCUGGCGGCGACCAACAACAUGCCGAAGAAUGUAAAGAAAUCCGAGAGCAGCGCCGUCCCUCCCACCGCCUUCCCCGCCACACAGCCCAAGGAAGACAAGCAGGGAGAUAAACGGAGCAUUGCCAGUCUAGCCCGUGAUGGUAAAUUGCCGAGAACCAAGAAGGACACGAACCUAGAUGAUCACUGGAACGAGAAGAACUUGUCUGUUGCUGCUCACGACACAGCUCCCUCUGUUGACAAGGAGAACUUCGCUCCCUCUGCCCCCGCCAGCAGGCAAAAUGUUACAUUACCUCAGUCUGUGGAUAUGGACAAGCGACAUUUAUCAAGCAUCGCGAGAGCUAAUAAUUUUCCGAAACAGAAUCACCAGCAGAAGCGAUAUUUUGGUUCCUUGUUAAAGAGUAAUCCUCCAUCAUUCAUCGAGAACAAUAUCAACAAACGGUAUGUCGCUUCUCUUCUUGACUCAUUUAGAGAAGAACCUGGUGUAGACAAACGGUUCUAUGCGUCUCUCCUAAAGUCGAACACUCCUCCCCACACAGCGCACCUGAACGUGAUGCAGGGCCAAGACAAACGACACUUUGCGUCUUUGCUCAAGAGCAACUCGGUUCCUUUCUUAAUGCAAAAGCGUUACUUCGCCUCACUCCUCAAGAGUCCCUGGUACAGCAGCCCCGACCUCCAUGACGACCAGGAGAAGCGCUCUUACAGCUCACUGUUCCAAGACCUUCCCGCUAAUACAGCCGACGAUGUUUUCUUCGACCUGAACGACCUGGACGACACAGAUGACACUGACCUCGACAAGCGCCAUUACUCGUCCCUCCUAAAAAGCCGAGAGCCAGGAAACGGGUUUGGUGUCAACAAGCGAUACGUAGCAUCUCUGCUGAGUAAGAGAGCCGACGACCCCUCUCAGAUGUUAGACGAAGAAAAGAGACAUCUGUCAUCUUUGUUUAAACCCAGAAGAAGUGACGAUUCUAUUGAUUCAUUUGAUGAAGUAAAGCGACACUUGGCAUCUCUUUAUAAACCAAAAAGAAGUGAUGAUUCUGUUGAUUCUUUUGAAGAAGAAAAGCGACAUCUGGCGUCUCUUUAUAAACCAAGAAGAAGUGAUGAUUCUAUUGAUGAAGAAAAACGACACUUGGCAUCUCUUUAUAAACCAAGAAGAAGUGAUGAUUCUAUUGAUGAAGAAAAACGACACUUGGCAUCUCUUUACAAACCUAGAAGAAGUGAUGAUUCUAUUGAUGAAGAAAAGCGACAUCUGGCAUCUCUUUAUAAACCAAGAAGAAGUGAUGAUUCUAUUGAUGAAGAAAAACGACAUCUGGCAUCUCUUUACAAAACCAAAAAGAAGUGAUGAUUCUGUUGAUUCUUUUGAAGAAGAAAAGCGACAUCUGGCAUCUCUUUAUAAACCAAGAAGAAGUGAUGAUUCUAUUGAUGAAGAAAAACGACAUCUGGCAUCUCUUUAUAAACCAAAAAGAAGUGAUGAUUCUGUUGAUUCUUUUGAAGAAGAAAAGCGACAUCUGGCAUCUCUUUAUAAACCAAGAAGAAGUGAUGAUUCUAUUGAUGAAGAAAAACGACACUUGGCAUCUCUUUAUAAACCAAGAAGAAGUGAUGAUUCUAUUGAUUCUUUUGAUGAAGUAAAGCGAUACUUGGCAUCUAUUUAUAAACCAAGAAGAAGUGAUGAUUCUAUUGAUGAAGAAAAACGACAUCUGGCAUCUCUUUACAAACCUAGAAGAAGUGAUGAUUCUAUUGAUUCUUUUGAUGAUGUAAAGCGACACUUGGCAUCUCUUUAUAAACCAAGAAGAAGUGAUGAUUCUAUUGAUUCUUUUGAUGAAGUAAAGAGACACUUGGCAUCUCUUUAUAAACCAAGAAGAAGUGAUGAUUCUAUUGAUGAAGAAAAACGACAUCUGGCAUCUCUUUAUAAACCAAAAAGAAGUGAUGAUUCUGUUGAUUCUUUUGAAGAAGAAAAGCGACAUCUGGCAUCUCUUUAUAAACCAAGAAGAAGUGAUGAUUCUAUUGAUGAAGAAAAACGACACUUGGCAUCUCUUUAUAAACCAAGAAGAAGUGAUGAUUCUAUUGAUUCUUUUGAUGAAGUAAAGCGAUACUUGGCAUCUCUUUAUAAACCAAGAAGAAGUGAUGAUUCUAUUGAUGAAGAAAAGCGACAUCUGGCAUCUCUUUAUAAACCAAGAAGAAGUGAUGAUUCUAUUGAUGAAGAAAAACGACAUCUGGCAUCUCUUUACAAACC